UGUCAAAAACAGUGGUCAAAAAUUAAAAAAGGCGGCUUUCCUCCUCUACUUGUUGUUUUUUGAUUUUGUUUGUUUGUUGUUGAGGCUUAAAGUUAGAUUUAAUCCUAGAAAGUGGUAACAACUCUGCAAAGAUGAACUCUCAAAGAAAAAGAUCGCAAGUUCUCACCGGCAGUACUGGAAGUCCAAGUAAGAAGUUGAAGAGAAAUCUACAUCCAAAUUCUUAUUUUCAAAUAACACUAAAAGAAAGCGGUUUGAUAACAAAUUGCCCUUCUGAUAAGAGCAUAAUUAAUCAAGAAACAAUACACACAAUUCGUCAUCUUAAAAAGAAUCUCGAAAAACACAUCGACUAUCCUAGAAAUGUUACAGAAUUUAUUUCCAACCUAGAGAAAGAAUGUCAAGAUUUAGACGUUUAUAAAUUUUAUUUGUUUCCUAACAUCAUUCGGCGUGUUGAAGAUAGCCCUGAAGACCACCAUAUCAGUGAUAGCCUAUUUAAAAUUUUGCUUAGUGUACCAAUUUUGCAAAACAAAUUAAUGGCUUAUAUUUUCAAAAAAGCUGUGGAUUUGGCAGCAGAAUCUAAAUGUGGACCUUGGAUACAGAUGAUAUUAAAAUGUUUUUCUUCAUUGGACUGCAUAACUGACACUGAUAAAAUGUCCCUACAUUUAAUUGACCUGUUGGAUAUAGCAACAGAAAAAAAUGUCCGCUUAGAAAUUAUUACAGCUAUCCCAGACAUAGUAGGAGACCAAGAACACAACAAUAUUGCUUCUGAAUUGAGUAGGAUACUGAGUGAGGAUCAAGACCUCAUACCUGCUAUUUUGGAAUGUCUAUCUUACCUUUGUUUGUCUGAUGAACAGCAUGAGCAACUGCAAAAGAAAACCCUCAACAUUUUAAUGUCAUUGACAAAAUGUGAAUAUUUUCCAAAUUUUAUAAAGUUUCUGCUUAUGCCAGGGCGCAUGAGUGAUUCAGCUUAUUAUGAAGCUGUCCAGGGCAUCAGAAAUUCACUCAACUGGCCCUCAUCGUUAGCUAAACCUCAAGAAAUAGCUACAAGCCAAGUUUUGACUGCUGCAGCUAUUAGGAAUUCCAUGUUAUAUUCCAAGGUCACUGCGAAUGCCUGGCUCAAAAUAAUAAAUUCAUGUAAAACCAGUACAGAUCACAAGCCAAUUGAUUUUAUAAUUCUUUUGAUAUUCUACUCCAUUUCUGAUGAAAAACAAAGACAGGUUGAAAACUUAAUAAAAAAGCAAAUCAAACUGGAUAUUUUGAAAGAAGAUUUGUUAGAAGAGUGUUUUGAUAAGUUUGUUCCAAUAUUAAAGGACAAUUUGAAGAAUCUAAUAAAUCUCACUAACUCAUUAUUGAAAACAAAAGCAGAUGCAGUUGUGGAGACAUUUGCUGCUAGAUUAUACAUGCUCAUGUUUUCCAAAUUGGAAGAUUCUUGUCAAACUAUUGUAGCAGAAUUGCUUCAGUUGGGUUUAGAUUGCCAACAAGCUGUGCUGAGUAUACUGCUUAUAUUGAAUAAUGUUGCAUCUAAAGAUAUGUCUUUAUUGAAGCCACAAAGUGUCCAAAUGUUGUCACUGUUAGACAGAAUGGACAACAUGAGUUUGAACGAAAUUAGAGCAGUAAUGAAUUUGCUGUGUGGUCUUGCUUACAGCUAUGAAAACUCAGUCAUCAGGGAUGAUAUUCAUAUGAUUAUAAGAAAAGAAUUAGGAAGUUCCAUUCCGAAAAUUAAAAUACAAGGUAUAUUAGCUGGACUACAUGCUGUAAAGUUUUUAAUGAGUACAAAUCAUGAUGAUGACCAAACUGCAGAUUUUCCAGAUGAUGUAAGUUACAGUUCUGUUACUUUUUUGGCAGAAGGUGCUCUAAGAGAAGCAGCACAAAUCAUAGAAUUAAUAAGUAGAAGCACAAGACAGUUUCCAGACAUGAUUGCGUUUUUUUAUGAUGAAUUGACUACUAUAAUUGAGUCGGCGAGUGUUAUCAAUAAAAACUUCUUAUCAUGGUUAACUGAUGCAGUUACAAAUGACUUGCAGCAAAACUUUAUAGUAGAUAACAUUGAAGUUGAAAGAGUUGGUGAUAUAAAACUAUCUAUGCAAUAUUGUAUUAACGCAGAUAGUGAAAUGGAUGAAACAAUCGCCAUUAAUAUUGCAGGAUUAACAUUGCAGCCUAAAAUUGCAGUCAACAUUGGUAUAUUGUCACCACUUUUUCAGUUAGUUCAAACACUGCACUCUAGACAGCAUGAUGGAACAUUAUCAACAAUAGAUGCUUUGUUAGGAUGUCCUGUAAUAAUGCCACAAUUUGAUGUAGACCUUGUUGAAGAUAUGGAUAACACCACUAUCAACAACAUACUGGACUGUAUAAUUCAUUGUGAAAAUUGGUUCAGGGAAUUGUUGAAUGCCUUUUCAACCCAAGAUGAUGAUGCACUUAAGGCGAAAAUAUUAAAAAGGCUAAUGCAAGUUGAAGAUUUGGAAACCCUAACUGCCGAGGUGUUAUUAAAAACUAAAAUUGCGUAUAAACCACCAAACUGCAUAUUUAACAUUAGUAAGUACAUAGGAGAACACGCUGAAAAGAAACAGAAUGUGAAAGUUCCAAAUACUAAAUCUAAAGCUCAAAAGAAAACAGCACAAGAUGAUACUGUGCUACCUGAAACAGCAAGAUCGCAAGCAACUCAAAAUAAUAAUACCGUUAAGAACAAACUAAAUGUUAUAUGUAAUUUACCUUUGCGGCAAUUAAAUUUGAACCUGCUUCAUUUACUAAAUAAUGACCUAGGUGAUGAAAAUGAGGAAGCAAGCAAUUUAACUAUCAAAUCUCUUACAUUUUUAUUAAAGUGCACUAACAGUAAGCUGGAAUCUGUCUUAUUAUCAAAGAUAAAAAGGAAGACAUUUUUAUCCAAACCUGAAGAAAAUAUUUAUGACCCUAAAAAAGCUGAGGACUGUGCUACGUUUGUUAGUAAAGUCCUCCCAAAAAUGGUGGACCAUUUAACAAUUGUAACUUCAUAUUUAGACUCGCAUACGAACACCCAAAAUGAAAGUGGAUUCAUUUUUACAUCAGAAAUUUUGGAUUAUAUUACAUGUUUGGAGUACAUAUACAACAUGUUCACAAUUUAUUUAAAAUGGAUCGGAUUCAGAAGUCAUCAUAAUGCUUUGCUAAAAACUUCGUUAAGAACUUUAGCAUCAAUAGAUGGAAAUGCUAACCUGGUGUCUCUAAAAGAUUUGCUAUUAGCAACUGCUAAAAAUUUUCAAAAACAUGAAAAAUACUGUAUGCUCUUGUCAACUGCGAUGUCGUUGAUAGAACUGAUAAACACUAUUCAAGAGUACAGUGAUAAUAGAGUCAUCCUAAUAAUUUUACGAGAUAUGGCUCAAAACUUCUUAUCCAUACAAUGGAAGACAUCAGAUGGAAUUCCAGAGAAAGGCUUGGUUUUCAAUCAAAGCGUUGAUAAGCUGGCUGAACUGUAUUUCACGAACAAUGAAAUAUUGGCCCUUAAAAAUCUUACAUUGCAACUAGCUGAUGAAAUCAAAUAUCUGAAGAGUCGCAAUGAUACGCUACCUACUUUCAAAUGUGUUACCAAAGGUAACUUCCCCGUUUUGUAUAGAAAUCUUGGCUCGGCCGUUUACGAAUCGACCAAAUCUCGUCUGAACAAGGGCUUGACUAAUUCUGAACACUUGGGACUAUGGAAAGAUGUGGCAAUAAUUCUUAAAAAUAUGUCGGACAUUUGUAAGGUUUUAGAAAACAGGAACAACUUAUCGGCGUUUUUUAAGAAAUCUGUCCCAGUUUUGAAACUAUUUUUAUCACAAGGUAUUCCCAUUCUAGAAAUACAGUUGAAAAAUGACACAGAAGAAGUGUUGGAAAUUCUCAAGAUUCUUCAACAAUCCACAAGAUUUUUGCAGUCAUUGUGCUGCCAUUCUAGACUAAAGAAAGACAAAGUGCUAAUGAGUAAAGUUCCUGGUAUCAGGCAACUGCUAGAAACCCUGAUUUAUAAAGUUAAAGCAGCUUUGGCUGCUAACAAAUGUUCGGAGGCUUUCUGGAUGGGUAAUCUCAAAAACAAAGAUAUACACGGAGAAAUUAUUGCUACGCAACAGAGCAUUGAAAGUGAAGAAUCUGUUGAAGAUAACGAUGAACAGCUACCCGACGAUGACGACAGCGAUGAUAGUGAUGACGAAAUGAUUAAUCCGGAUUCUAAGAGUAUGAGUGAUAUUGUAUAAAUUAUAAUUAUCUAAUUAAAAUAAACUGUGAUGCCGUA